AUGACAGCUGCACUUCACCAUGCAUCACCAUGCCCUUCCCCUCGCCACCUUGUCUAUAAAUUCAGUAAGCUGCUGGCUCAAUAUCAUCACUUCAUCAGCUCAUCCACCAACUGAGAGUUGCGACAAGCUCACUCCUUCAAGUUCUCACAAAGACAGAGAGCCAACCAUGGCCGGUGCCAAGAGACUUUCUCAACUGGCAAAGAAGUGGCAGAGGGUGGAAGCACUCGGGAGGAAGAGGCUCACAGGGUCAGCCAAAGAGGAUCAAGACUGCUGCAGUUUUGUACCAGCCAAGGGCCACUGUGUCAUGUACACGGCCGACGGGACGCGUUUCGAGGUGCCCUUGGUGUACCUCAGCACCACGGUCUUCGGCGAGCUCCUGAGGAUAUCUCAGGAGGAGUUUGGCUUUGCAAACAAAGGCAAGAUCACACUGCCUUGUGAUGCUGCAGUGAUGGAGUAUGUCAUGUGCUUGCUCAGGAGAAAUGCCUCCAUCGAGGUCGAGAGUGCAUUGCUCAGCUCUAUGGUGACGUCUUGCCACUACACUGGCUGCGCCAUGCCUACUGUUGGAGCCAGCCAACAGAUUUGCUGUUUGUAGCUUCUGAAGAAGAUGCAUGAAGAGGCCCUGGCGAUGUAUUUUUUCUUGUUUAGUUUGCCUGGAUAGUGUAAGAUAGUUAGAUAACAGACAAUAGGAGCAGGAAAAUUGUAUGUAUAGCAAUCUGAUCAUUAAAGCAACAAAGCAGUACUCUGGGCAUUCUUCUCUUAAAUUUUAGUUUCAUACAACUCUACAAUGGACCAAAAAUGGUUGUGACUCUACUUUUAGAUGUCGAUAGUUUCAUCCUGCUGCACAGAGAAUACGCAACAAGUCUCCAUACAAUCUAUCAUCUAGGCCUCUGGAAAAUAAAUACAGUACCAUCAACAAAAUAAGUAGGUAAAAAUUACAAAAUGGAAUAGAAACCAGGGUUUGCUCUACAAGUAUUUAGGGGUAUAAGGCAGAUCUAUUUUUGGGGGUAAAAAGAGUGAUAGUUAACUGUUACUGAAAAGCUGAAUGUUCUACCCACAAAACUUUACAGAAGGUAAUGUCGGUGCAAGAUAUAGAUGCCAGUUAUUCACUUCACAAAUGCAGCUGGUUCAAGGUCCAAAGGAAAGUGCAGAGAAGGAGCUACGGAAUGGCUUCUUCAUGCAAUGGUAGAUCAUCAACAGAACUCAGUGAUGACACUGUUCAGCAAGUUAUGUGUGUUGCAUCAAUUAACACAGUCCCUUUCACACCUAAUCAAAAUGUUAAAAACACGCUAAAGUACAAUCAUAUAGAUCCAAGUAAGUUUCUCACCUGCUAAAGGAAGACUAUAACUCUGAAUUUAGUCCAAAUACUUGUGUUUGAGAAACCCAACUACUAACUGGAAACGACACAUUGAAAUUGUUAUGAAUACAAACGGAACCCAAGAUGCAUCAGCGACAUGUGCUUUCAGCUUAAAAAUCAAACAUAUCAUGUGCUAGACCGAAGCAAAUUUUUCAACUCGAUGUCAACAGAGAAUAGAUUGAUCAGGUGCAUGAACAAUGCACGUAAGAAAGCACAUAGAUGGUGC